AUGGUUAAUUGGCGUUCAUUGUAUCGUCUAAGGAGACGUAUUAAGAUGGAACAACUUUCAAAACAACGAUGGUUUAGUAAUCCUGAUUCUAAAACAAUACCACUAGACACUGCCAUUCUAUUAUACCCAACAUAUACAUGUAGUACGAAUAGUUCAAACACUCAAGAGUAUUUAACAAGACUACGUCUAUUGGUAGCUGCUCCAGGUAAUGAAAAUUCAAGAAAAAAUAAAAUCAUCUUAACGUUAUGUAAACAAUACUUAAAGGAACAAUCAUCGAUCACUCAAUCUAGACUCAAUGGGUUUUUAUCAAGAAGUAUACCGACAUCAAGAAUCAUCCUAGAUUUGUUAAAUAAUAAUAAUACUGUGGCAGAUACUCAAUUCUUAGAUACUGACCCGAGAGGAUUGCUCACGACAACUCUAACAAGCUCGUACAUCCCACAUGCAUUAAGGGUCACUUUGGAUACACCAUCGAGUUUUCCUCGAUUGAUAUCAGAUGUAUAUCCGACUCAUUACAUUAAACCGAACGGGAUAGGGGUCAUUAGUGAUAUAGAUGAUACGAUUAAACAUACAGGUGUCACAGGUGAUAAGAAAUCCAUGUUUAAGAACGUCUUUGUCACAGCGUGGCAGGAAUGGGUCGUGGAUGGGAUUCCACAAUGGUUUAAUGGCUUGGCUUCACAAUAUAAUGUCGAUUUCUUUUAUGUAUCGAAUUCCCCGUUACAAUUAUAUCCUACUUUACAAAAUUAUAUUUCAAAGACGUUACCUAAUGGCCCAAUCUUUUUAAAACAAUAUGCAGGAAAUAUGUUCGCUAGUAUAAUGAACACAUCAUCAGCUAAUAAUAAGAAAGACACUAUCGAACAGAUCCUGAAUGAUUUCCCACUGAAAAAAUUCUUAUUGAUUGGGGAUUCAGGGGAGAAGGAUUUUGAAACAUAUAUCGACAUUGCAUUGCGAUACCCUGAACAAAUCAUUGCCAUUUAUAUUCGUUGUUGUAAGGAUUCCAUCAGUGAUGGGAGUCACAACGAUGUCGCAAUGGUGCAAGAAUUAAACGACACCAUUGCAAUACAAUAUAUGAAACCAUUCCAACCGCCGUCAGUACCGAGUAAACCAUCAAUCACUUUGACAGACUCUCAAAGGGAAUCCAUUAGAGUCUCGAAGGAAAGAGUACCUCCACCACCACCACCUCCUUUACCAAAACGCCCGUCGUCUUCGCUGCCUCCCUCAACAUCAUUAUCAUCAUCAUCAUCAUCAUCAUCAUCAUCAUCAUCAUCGUCAUCAUCGUCAUCAUCGUCAUCAUCUUCUUCUGAAGCUUCGAUAUCUGCUUCUCCGAACCUCCCUUUACGACCCAGAGAAAAGAGUUCAAGUCAUGACAUGUAUGUAAUGCCUUCGACACAGAACGAUUAUAAUACAUAUGAUGAAUAUUUCGAUAAGAAUGCUGACUCUUGGAAAUUAAGACUGAAUGCUGGAUUACGACAAUUAAUUAAUUUACCGAACUUCAACAUAGAUAUCCAAUUCUUCAUUGAUCCAACAACUUGCAUGACAAAUUCAAUGAAAUUAAUACGUACUCGUAAAUAG